AGAAAAUCGAUUUUUCUCUUUAAUUUUUGUCUACAUUUUUUGUUCUCUUUCUUUUCCUCUGUCUUUUUGUUGGAAAAUCGAUUGUUUGAAAUCGAUUUUUUCUUUUCUCUAUUUCUCUUACUAUAAAUGUUUUUGUUUUCUUUUGGGUGUUGAGUUAAUUGUCUUGGUUCCUCUUCCUAUUAACAUUGUCCAUCCAUCUUUUUGUUUUCUCUUUAUUGUGCUACUCAAUGGGUACCCUUUCUGAAAGACCAGAAUUUGAUGAGAUUGAAAGUCUAUGUGUUAAUUGUCGUCAAGAUGGAAUCACAAAACUUUUGGUUACCAAGAUUCCCUUUUUCCGAGAGGUGAUAAUUAUGUCCUUUUCUUGUGACAAUUGUGGUUACUCUAACAAUGAACUUCAACCUGCUUCAACCAUCCAAGAAAAGGGUAUUAAUAUACGUUUAAAGGUUAAAUCUCCUGGUGACAUGGAUCGACAGGUAGUCAAAUCGGAUUAUGCUGAAAUAAGUAUACCUGAGUUAGAGUUUACUGCAAGUCGUCAACCAGGAUUGGUAACUACAGUUGAAGGAUUAAUUGAUCGGGCAAUCGAUGGAUUAAGACACACCAUUCAAAUGAAUAGUGAUCAACCUGAGCUAAUUACCAAAUUGGCUGAUUUCGUUAUUAGACUUGAUCUAUUGAAAAGUCUGGAACAAGAAUUUACUAUAGUCAUGACAGAUUCAUCCGGAAACAGUUUCAUUGAGAAUCCAUUAGCUCCUAAAGUUGACCCACAAAUGGAGAUCAUUUUUUAUACUCGAUCGAUUGAAGAGAAUAAAACUCUUGGCAUUUAUUCCAUUGAAGAAGAACCACCCGAACCAAGUGCCGAUGAUCUGAAAAAUGAGGUCUUACAAUUCCGUACCAAUUGCUACUCAUGUGGAGCCAUUUGUUUCACCAACAUGAAACUUACCGCGAUUCCACACUUUAAAGAUGUCAUUAUAAUGGCCACUAACUGUGACGCUUGUGGCUAUAAAACGACCGAAAUCAAAAGUGGCCAAGGAAUCGGGGAAAAGGGUGUUAAAAUAAUCCUUCCAAUUGUUACAGAAGAAGAUUUAAAACGAGAUGUUGUUCGAUCCGAGACAUGUUCUUUAACCAUUCCUGAAGUUGACCUGGAUAUUGGUCGUUCUGGAUCUGGCAAAUAUACUACAGUCGAAGGUUUAAUUGAACAGAUCAAAGAAGGUCUCGAAAAAUCCGAUCCAUUCGUCGCCGGUGACUCAGCCCCAGCCGAGAAAAGAGCUCGCAUGACCUCCCUUAUCGAUAAACUUAAACUUGGAAUUGGCUUAACCAUAAUUUUAGACGAUCCUUGUGGGAACAGUUUCGUCGAUGGUGCUACCAAUAUCGAACAUUAUGAAAGAACAUUUGAUCAAAACGAAGAACUCGGAUUGAACGAUAUGAAAACUGAUCUGUAAAUGUCUUAUGCCUUAUGUUACGUUUUGGUUGAUUAUUUAUUUCAAAUUAUAAAAAGUAUGAAAAUAUUAUCGCUUUGAGUUAAACAAAAAACUAUUGAUUGUAAGUAAAAUUUACUCCAAAGUAUAUCACUAGUACUUUGAAUCAAUCGAAACAAUUAACAGUAAUGAUCUGUAAAGUUAAUCGUCUUUAAGAUUUGUUUCUGAAAUCUUUUUGAUUAUCGAUUGCAUUUCAUGGAUUUCCAUUGAUUUCCCUCGAAAGAAAAUCAAAAACAAAUCAAAAAAGUUUCGAAAUUAAUCUUGGUGCCGAAUAAAACAAAAUUCGUCGAAAAAUUCGAUAAAAAACUUUUAA